AAUAAAAUGUUACAAUUUUAAAGGUCAAGAGUUUAAUUAAACCAAUAUCCAAUAAUAUUAUUUUUUAUUUUUUUAUCAAGUCCUUAACAUGGUAGGAGGGAAACUCUAUACUUCCCUCUCCUUCCUCUCCCUUGUAUCCUUCUCUCAUCCCCUUUCCUCCAUCUGCUACUGCCUAUGUUGAGACCUUUAUCUUGUUGAGCUUGCUCUAGCCCUAUCCACCUCCUCUAAGGCGCCUCUCCAUCGAAUUUGCCGUCGUCUUCGGCCUCCGUCAACACCAGUAGUGAUCUCUUUGGACGUCCACACACUGGAGCGUGACAUGCAUGCGCUAGAGAGUAAAUCUCACUCGCCAGUGAGUGGCGGCCACAUUCUUCUUUCCAGCCUUCACUUGUGGCCUAGCUUUAUGGAACACGCGUUCUCAUAUCAUUCACGUGAUCCGUUUCGGUGACCGACGCAAGGGAAAAAAAAGGUUUGUCUGUUGGGAGGCAAUCGAUUCGUUUCUUCUCUACGGCAUCUGUGGCACGUCACGUUGCCAUACUGAGCAGUGGUAUUUCAAUUGAACGGCUUUAGAUGAAUGGUGAUUUAUUUGUGAAGAACGGUAACCACAAAUCGACGGCCCACUUCCAUUCCCAGCAUAACAGCCAUGUAACUACCCGCGCAGAAUCACCACCAACUCAUAUCCUACGGCCGAUUCGUUUUUUCCCUCCCCUUUCUCAAUCGUUCCCGUCCUCGCUUCAUUCCCAAUCUCCUUCAAUUCCCUUAACAACCUACUCACCUGCCCAUUCAACACUUCCCUCAACAACCUGCUCACCUGCCCAAUCUCCUUCAAUUUCUCAGCUCGAACCUUCCCAGCUAGGGUUUCGAAUUCACAUUCAAUCACUCGAUCGAAGAAGCUUAGGAGGGCAUUCUACCUGGGAAUAGGCGGUUUUGGGAAAAUGGCAUGAAGCCUUGUUAAAGAGGCCUUUUAGUGAUAUUCUGGUUGGAGGACACGGCGGUGAAGCAAAAGCAGACCUUGUUGAAGAGACCUCAUGUGGUUAUUACCACACCAGGGAGGCUCAAGGCAUUUGUAAAAGAGAAUUCUGACAUCUCUCAUCUCUUCUCCAACAUUAAGUUGGCUAGAAAGACAUCAAUGGAAGAAGACACAACAUGGGAGCAAAGGCUUCAAGCCUUGACCCACAUCCUAACCAGCCCCACAACAACGCCAUCUCUCCACUCUCAGUUCUUCAUCUCCACCCAAAUCCCCUGCUACCUCGACUGGGAAUAUCCUCCUAUCCUCUGUACCAAGCAUCCCUCAAUGUUCCCUUCUCUUCACCUAAGGUGGGGUUUCUCUCUUUUCCUCAAAAGGGUCAGAAGAUUUGGGCUCCCUGAGACCUCAUGGAGGUCCAAGUGCCCAUUCCAACAGCCUCCACCGUUGAUUCUUGCAAAUGGAGUGGAGGAAGCUCGGUGGGAAAUAGAACAAAGGAAAGAGUACGUCAGGAAGAGGCUGAGUAGGAAACGACUAGAAAGUGAUGUUCACCCUUUGAUUCCUAUUUUGAUUCCAAAUCUUUUGCUGUUUGGUCUUCUGCUUUGGGACCCAUUUCUUGAUUGAGAUUCCGAAGAAAUUUAUCCCAAGUUUGUAAAUGUAAAUUUCCAUCAAGAUUUAAGUAUUUGUAUAAGCGAGAACAUAUGGUUGCUUUGAGUUUUGGUUUUAAA